CUGCCAUCUCUAUUCCAAAACAGGGCAAAGAUCCGAAAGCCACUGGAGCCUCUCAGUGGAGGAGCUUGGUCACCUUAUAGUAAAUAAUAUAUUUUUUGACGGAUAAUUCAGCUGCGACACCCACAAACUAUGGCGGAGUGCGACUGGGACACCGUGACCGUGCUGAGGAAGAAGGGUCCAUCCUCAGCACAGGCUAAAUCCAAGCAGGCUGUCGCUGCUGCUCAGAGACGUGGAGAAGAGGUGGAGACCACCAAGAAAUGGGCAGCAGGACAGAACAAGCAGCACACGGUGACUAAGAACACAGCUAAACUGGACCGUGAGACGGAGGAGCUGCACCACCAGAGAGUGACACUGGAGGUGGCCAAGGUCAUCCAGACAGGCCGCCAAGACAAGGGAAUGACCCAGAAAGACCUUGCCACUAAAAUUAACGAGAAGCCUCAGGUCAUCGCUGAAUAUGAAAGUGGAAAAGCAAUCCCAAACAACCAGAUCAUGAGCAAGAUAGAGAGGGUACUAGGACUGAAGCUGCGUGGGAAAGAAAUUGGACAGCCUUUGGAGCCCAAAACCAAGAAGAAAUGAGGACAAAGCCUCGAAAUCAGCCCAUCCCUCCCCUGCUUGCCCCAGCACCAUGUUAUACCACCACACACUAAAACUCAUUUAUGCUUCUUGCACAAGCUUUUGUGUGAAAAGACACAUGAUCAUGGCAACACAAAUGCAGACCAACAAAGUUUUAAUUGGUCUGGACUGGUUAGUGUACACUUCCCCCUAGUGUUUGAAUACUAUGACACACUAUCUGUAGCAUAAAUGCCUGAGGAUUGUGUUUUUUGCCAUUUAGUGGUGCAAGAGGCAUAAAUCUGCCUUAACUGACUAAACCACCAACCCUUUAGACCCCUUUGACUGUCCUCUGCUCCAUUAUCCCUUUACCUGGGCUGAUCUCACUUAGGUUCUACUCUAGGACCUGGUGCUUCACUGCAUUCAGAAGCUGCAUAAUGAAAAUGUCAAUGAAAAGAUCUUUAAAAUAACAACGAAUGUUGCAAAAUUUAAUAAAUACUAAGCGCUGUGAUUAUUUUGCUAAAUGAUUGUUUUGGCAUGAAUCCUUUUUUCCCAUUGGAAGUUUGGAGACCAUACAUCUGAACUUCUUCACUUGCGUUGUUAUAAUAAAGUUAUUUAAAAGUA